GAGACGGAAGGACUCCAUUUUGUUUGCAUUCACUCCUCUGCAACCACUACCGACAGACACAGCCCAACGACUUCGCAAAGCAGCACACCACAACUCAAAGGUAGAAGAUGAGUGGAUGUCGUAUUUUCAUCGGCCGCCUGAGCCCCUCGGCCCGGGAGAAGGACGUGGAGAGGUUUUUCAAAGGAUACGGCCGCAUCCGGGACAUCGACCUCAAGAGAGGCUUCGGCUUCGUGGAGUUUGAUGACCCCAGAGACGCUGAAGAUGCAGUGUAUGAGCUUGAUGGAAAAGAACUCUGCAAUGAAAGGGUGACCAUUGAGCAUGCUCGUGUGCGUCUGCGUGGAGGUCGAGGCAGAGGCGGCAGUGCUGGAGGUCGUUUCUCAUCAGACCGCUAUGGCAGAGGAUCCCAGAGUAGCCGAAGUAGAAAUCCUCCCCCCAUGCGCACAGAAAACCGACUGAUUGUGGAGAACUUGUCCUCCCGCGUGAGCUGGCAGGACUUGAAAGAUUACAUGAGACAAGCCGGGGAGGUGACUUUUGCAGAUGCACAUCGGCCAAAGCUUAACGAAGGGGUGGUUGAGUUUGCCUCUUACAGCGAUCUGAAAAAUGCCCUGGAAAAGCUGUCCGGGAAAGAAAUCAAUGGCAGGAAAAUUAAGCUCAUCGAAGCCAACAAAGCAAAGAGGUCUAGAAGCCGCUCCCGAUCGGAGAGCUCAUCACGCUCCCGCUCUCGUUCCCGGGGCCGGUCUGCAUCCCGCUCGCCCCGUCGCUCUCGUUCUCCCCGCAGUCCCGCCCCCAAAGCCCGCUCACCCCGCUCUCGUAGCGCCUCGCCUGCCCCCCGCGACUCCUCCCGCACCCCUCCACCCUCCAAGUCCAAAUCCUCCUCCUCAUCGUCCUCCAGCAAACGGCAGGCCAAGACCUCAAAGUCCAGCCCGCCCCCGUCCCCUCCCCCGGCCCAGAAGGCAUCCCGGUCACGCUCCCGGUCGAGAUCCAGAUCGAGAUCUCGUUCCCGUUCCCGCUCCCUGUCCACAGAUAGUCAGCGCUAAAGGCAAAUUUUUUUUUUUUUUUUUUUUUUGACUUAACUUUUUGAUGUGUAGAUUUGACAGAGUCUGAAGCUGAGCAGCCGUGUCUGCUUCUGGUGGGUUUUCCUGUCUGGAUUUUGCAUGUUUUAGUACACAAAUGCUUGAUAGGCAGGAGAUGAAAUAUCGUGGAAUUUUUAUCGGACUGAAGGACUCAACUUAGCAUUUCAAAUUUCACUUUCAUUUGGUUUACUCGCAGCAACCUCAGAAGGAAAUCUGCAUCCCUAGUUUGCAGUAAUUUGAAUAUUUUGCAAUGGUUCAAAGCUAAAUACCCUCUUUUUUAAAUUCAGGCGGAAGAUUUGGUAUCGUGUAGAAGGGUUUCCAUCUUAUCCACUUUUUUAUCCAAUUUUCAAUAUCUGAGUUACUGUAGCUUCAAACGCUGGCAUGAGCUUCUCAAAAUUAAAUCUCCCAUUGGUAGACCAACUUUCUCUGUAAACUGCCAUUUUUGGGGUUUUUUUGUGGGGGAUGGGGUUUGUAGUAUUUUUCAACUCUUAUGCAGUUUGUUUGGUCCAUUUUCAUCUUAAUUUUUUGCUAACUGAUACUUUGUUGCAGAUGUUUUGAGUGCUUAAUGUGAACAAUCUUCUCAGCAUUUAUCUGAGGUUAUUUUUGUUGAAAAGCAAGAGACGUUUUUGUAAAUAGUGAUUUUAUUUCAAUGCAAAAAAUGUAAACAUUUGUAUGGUGACAGUGAGACUCAAACCAAUUAAACACAAAAAGUAC